AUGAGACAUCAUCAUAUAUGUAAUACAGCAUUCCCAAUUUCUCAUAAUACUACUAUUCGACCAUAUCGUGUAAAAAGACUUCGAGAUCAACAAGAUAUUCAAUCAACUUAUUAUGGUGCUUAUGGUUCAUUAUCAGAGAUGAUGCUUUAUGCUCAUGUACCAUUUUGUCAAACACGUUGUCAAUUUUGUGAAUAUACAGUUGUUAACCCAAAACAAGGUAAAAAUCUUGAUAUACAAGCAAGUUAUUUUUCUGCACUUUAUAAUGAAUUGGAUAUGUAUGCAAAUUUAUUAAAUACAAAAGAAAAAAAAUUAGUUGGAUUUGAUAUUGGUGGUGGAACACCAUCUAUGGCUAAAGUAGAACAUAUUCAACAAUUAAUGGAACGUGUUGAAUCAACAUUUAAAACAGAUUGGAAUACAACUGAAAUAUCAAUUGAAACAACACCAAAAAUAGCUGCAGCUGAACCAGAAAAAAUGAAAGCAUAUUAUGAUAUGGGUAUUCGUCGUAUAUCAAUGGGUUUACAAACAACAGAUUUCCGUCAAGCUAAAGAAAUGAAUCGUGAUGAUGCAAAUGCAUCAAUAGAUUAUAUUUAUAAAGCAAUUACUAAUGUUCGUAAUGCAGGUUUUAAAAGUUUUAAUAUUGAUUUAAUGUAUGGAUUUCCAAUACGUUCAACACGUACAGAUGAUCCAUGGUUAAAAACUGUUCAAGAUACAAUUGAUCUUCAACCUGAACAUAUAACAUUAUAUCGUAUGAGAUAUAAAGGUACAUUAAUGGCACAUUUAGCUGAUCGCGUUAAACUUGAUCAAGUUAAUCGUCAAGAAAGUGAAGCAAGAAAAUUAUUAAAUCAAUCUGGUUAUAUUGGUUUAACAGGAAAAAAUACAUUUUCUCGUAUUCAAGAUAAUUCAGGAUGUUCUGAUUAUUUAGAUAAACGUGUUAGAAAAGCUAUACCAUAUAUUGGUAUUGGUCUUGGUGCACAAUCAUUUAGUCAUUAUACACUAUCAUAUAAUUUAGGUGCUGUAACAAAAAAAUUACAACAAUAUAUACGUAGUGUUGAAUUAAAUCGUAUUCCAGUUCAAGAUCUUUAUCAUUUAUCACGAGAAGCAGCUAUAGCUAAAAUGGCAUCAGUUAGUUUUUAUUAUGGUGGUAUUGAUCUUAUAGCAUUUAAAGAUUGUUUUAAAAUAUCAUUAGAUGAAUUAUUUCCAACAGAAUUUCAAUUUGUUAUUGAUCAUGGUUUAAUGAUACAUAAUAAAGAAGAACAACGUUUACAAAUGACACAUCUUGGUAAACAAUGUUUUGGUGGUGUUGUAGCUUUAUUUUAUUCUCCAGCAGUUAAAAAUCAUAUUUUAAAUCGUCAAGGUGGAGAACAAUUUUUAGUUGAUCCUAUUAAAGCAUUAAAAGAAGGUCAAAGUCCUUUUCAACCUAUACCUGAUACGACAAUACCAAUUCGCCGUCGAACAGUAGGAACAAAUUCAUCUCAGUCGAUACCAUCAAUACCAUUAACAACUUCAAUACUUGCAUCACAACAAAAUCAACAAUCGAUCAAUCAAAUUCGUCGUUCAUUUUCAUCCUUAGCACGUGUUGAUACAUCAAAACCAUUUGAAUUUGGUAAUAUUUUAUUUUCUGGACCAUGUAAUCAAAAAUGUCCAUUUUGUAUUGGUCAUCAAUUAGUAGAAACUCCAAAGAAUUUACGUAAAGAAACACUUGCAAAUCUUGAUGAAUUUAUUUCCUUAAUAAAACAAUCUGAAACAUCAAAAAUCAUUUUAACUGGUACAAGAACAGAUCCUCAACUUUAUAAAUAUGAAGAAAAAUUAAUAAAUCGUUUACGUCAUGAUUUACCAAAUGUUCAUAUAUCAUUACAUACAAAUGGUUUAUUAGCUAUACCAAAAAUAAAAACAUUUCGUAUGUAUGAUUCAUGUACUAUAUCAAUAAAUUCUUUUCAUCCUCAAACUUAUUAUAAACUUCAUGGUGUUAAACAAAUGCCAAAUUUAAAAAAUAUUUUACAACAAGCAACUAAUAUUCCAAUUAAACUAUCAUGUAUAUUAACGGAAGAUAAUAUUCAUCAAGUUGAAGAAUAUUUACAAACUGCUAAAAAACUUGGAAUUAAACGAAUUGCAUUACGACAUCUUUAUGGUGAUGAUCGUCGUUGGCCUAUUCCAGUUUUUCAAAAUAAACAACCAAUUAAAUAUCAUCAAAAUAAUCCAGUUUAUGAUUUUGAUGGUCUUCAAGUAACACAUUGGAUAUUUGAUAAAACAUCUGGUCGAUCAUUAAAUUUAUUUUCUGAUGGUACACUGAGUGAUGAAUAUCUUUUAACAAAAGCUCCAAAUCAAUCAGU